AUGUCCGGGUCCUGCUCGGAGGUCAAGCUGCGUGGAAGAGCACUAGGCGUCUCCUGGAUUUCCUGGGCCCUCUGGGGCAGCUUGGCCCUGGCUCCGGCUUGCGGGUACGUGAUCGUGAACUCGGUCUCCUGGUCGGUGCCCAACGAGGUGGAAGAAGAGCUGGACAGCUCCUCCAACGAAGAGGCUCUCCCCGCCCUCCUCGAAGACACCAGCAGCAUUUGGAAGCAGAGCUACCCGGCCUCGGUUUACAAAGAAGAGGAGAUACGGAGCAGGCCGGGAACGGAGAGAUCGAAGCAAAUCUCUUCGCCGUCGCGGAUGUUUUCUUACCGGAGGGAGAGUUCCAAAGGAGCAGACAGCCCAGCGCUUCCUCUGGAACAAGCAGCCAGAACGGCCCGCUUCUUGAUGCAUCGCCAUGGCUGGGGCUUCUUGGCUACGAUUUCAACCCAAGAAAAGAUCCAGGGGGCACCAUUUGGGACUUGUUUAUCUAUAAGUGAUGGCCCCACAGACAACAGCACCGGGAUUCCUUACUUUUAUAUGACUCCAAAGGAUAAAACUGUAGCGGAUCUGGUGAAAAAUUCAGUUGCUUCAUUGACAUUACCCGAAGCAGAAGGAGAUUUUUGCAGAAAAACAAUUGUUGAUCCUGAUGACCCCAGGUGUACCAGGAUAACUUUUAUUGGAAAGAUGGUUACGGUGCCUCCAGAAGAACUAGAAUCUGUCAAGCAAGCUCUGUUUUCUAGGCACCCCAUAAUGAGAAAAUGGCCUCGCAAUUAUGAAUGGUUCUUUAUGAAAAUGAAUAUUGAACAUAUAUGGCUACAGGACUGGUAUGGAGGAAUUACAGUUAUUACUUUGGAAGAAUAUUUCAAAGCAGUUCCUAGUAAAACGUAACUGAUUUUUUAAGAAUGA